GGGGUGGCGCGGGCGGCUGUCCGGACGAGGCCGCACUCUGCCAAGCCAGUCUCGCCACCCAGACUCUGUGGGGUUCGGGCCCUGCACCCUCUCCCUUUGCGGCCGUGCGCUCCCCACUACCCCGUCCCGAGUGGAAGGGCCCGAGGCGAUGGACUAGUGCCCAAGCGCUGACUGGCGACUGGGGGCGGAGCUCGUCACCGCCGGGCCAGCGGAUUGGCUGCCUCCGCUUACCUUUUUACCUCCCUGGCCUUGGACUUAAGGUGUGAAGCGACUGGCAGCUCAGAGUUGACCCUCGCGGUCUUCGAAGGUGAUCAUAUCCUUAUUUUCCAUGACAGAUCUUGAUGACAAUAUAUGCAAAAGAUAUGUAAAGAUGAUGACAAAUAUAGUAAUAUUGAGCCUGAUCAUUUGCAUUUCUGUAGUUUUCUGGAUUAUGUCUUUGACUGCAAGUACCUAUUAUGGUAACUUACAGCCUACUUCUCCUUGGCGCUGGCUGUUUUCUGUAGUUUUUCCUGUGUUGAUCGUCUCUAACGGCUUUAAAAAGAAAAGCCUAGAUCACAGUGGGGCUUUAGGAGGCCUAGUGGUUGGAUUUAUCCUAAGCAUUGCAAAUUUCAGCUUUCUUACCUCUUUGCUGAUGUUUUUCCUUUCCUCUUCGAAACUCACUGCAUGGAAGGGAGAAACAAAGAAGCGUCUAGAUUCAGAAUACAAAGAAGGUGGGCAGAGGAACUGGGUUCAGGUGUUCUGUAAUGGAGGUGUGCCCACAGAGCUGGCCCUGCUGUACAUGAUAGAAAAUGGCCCCGGGGAAAUCCCAAUUGACUUUUCCAAGCAGUACACUGCUUCCUGGAUGUGUCUGUCUCUCUUGGCUGCACUGGCCUGUUGUGCUGGAGACACAUGGGCUUCAGAAGUUGGCACUGUUCUAAGUAAAAGCCCUCCAAGGCUGAUAACAACCUGGGAGAAAGUUCCAACUGGGACCAAUGGAGGGAUUACAUUAGUGGGCCUUGUCGCCAGUCUCCUUGGUGGUACCUUUGUGGGCAUCGCAUACUUCCUCACACAGUUGGCUUUUGUAAAUGAUUUAGACAUUUCUGCUCCCCAGUGGCCAAUUAUUGCAUUUGGAGGUCUGGCUGGAUUGCUAGGAUCAAUUCUGGACUCCUAUUUAGGAGCUACAAUGCAGUUUUCUGGUUUGGAUGAAAGCACCGGCAUGGUGGUCAACAGUCCAACAAACGAGGCAAAGUACAUCUCAGGGAAACCCAUUCUUGAUAACAAUGCAGUGAAUCUGUUUUCCUCUGUUGUUAUUGCUCUCUUGCUCCCAACAGCUGCUUGUGUUUUGUGGCCCAGGGAGUGAAUCUUAUUUGCACAGGUUGAAACAGUGGUGAGUUCAGCUAAAUUUUCAAUUUCAAGUUCCAUGUUAAGAAUAGUAAUUUUAAGGGUGUAAGCAGAAGUACCACCUUCUCCCAUAUUCCAUUAUAAUAGGAUUCCACAUGUUUUGCUCUCAUCAACUCCUUUGUAACUGCUGGUAUCUUUCUAGUGAAAGAGUGCAGAGAACUUAUGCAUAUUUUUCUUCUGCUGCAUGGAGUUUCUUAGCAGUGAAGCUUUAUUUAUCCACUCCUGAAACUGAAAGUUCCUACCUAGUGGAGUAGAGUUGGAGCUGGGUGCUGUCAUGUCAUUUUCAACUCACAGCAACCCCAUGUGACAAAGUCAAACUGCCCCAUAGGGUUUUCUUGACUGUAAUAUUUAGGGAAGCAGAUCACCAGGUCUUCCUCCCACGGAACCACAAGGUGGGUUCCAUCCCUCAGCCUUUCAGGUAGCACCCAAGUGCUUAAUCGUUUCCGCCACCAGGGCUUCUUUCCUACCUGGUUGAUGGAAAUUUUGCUUUGUUUAAACCAGUGCGAGGGUUAAAAGUGAUGAAAUUUUAAAAUGCUUCCCAGUUGUGGCAGAGAAAUGCUACUGUGCCAGUUACCCAAAUGUUGUGUCUGUUUUAAGCCAACUAAGCUGAUGUGUGUGGAAUCCUAAAUAAAUUUAGUAUCUGGGACUUCUCCCAUUCACAACUGUGACAAAUGUUGAAUUUGGUUCUUAGUGAGCAGUCUUGUCUAGUCUACAUUUUUCUUCCUGCCUCAGGGUUUGCGAUAAAAAAUAAAUAAAUGUCUUUUUCUGAUGACCAUGAGAAUGUGUGAAAAAAAUACUUUUAAGUAAAAGCAAAAGAUUUGUCUUAUAUCUAAAAAAUGUGCACCUUACUAUAUGUUUCAGUUGCUCUCUGAGCAGGAACCUUUUUUUUUUUUUUUUAAUUGUGCUUUAAGUGAAGGUUUACAAAUCAAGUCAAUCUCAUACAAAAAUUUAUAUAGACCUUGCUAUGUACUACUAGUUGCUCUCCCCCUAAUGAGACAGCACACUCCUCUGCUCCCUGUAUUCCCGUGUCCAUUCAGCCAGCUUCUGACCCCCUCCGCCUUUUCAUCUCCCCUUCAGACAAUAGCUGCCCGCAUAGUCUCCUGUCUAUUCGAGCCAAGAAGGUCACUCCUACCAGUAUCAUUUUUUAUCUUUUAGUCCAGUCCAAGCCCUGUCUGAAGAGUUGGCUUUGGGAAUGGUUCCAGUCUUGGGCCAACAGAAGGUCUGGGGACCAUGACCUCCGGGGUCCCUCUAUGAGCAGGAACUAUAUUGAAUUUAAUAUUUUCUAAAUGUAUUUUUUAACAUUCUUUGAAAUCCAUACAGGAACUGGCUUAGCAUUGACCUCCUAAGCUAUUAAAGUCACUGGAAAAUUACUGUUUAUUUGCUAUACCAGAAGCUGCUGGAAGAUGCUGUGUACCUUCUAAGUUGUGCAGCCUCAACUAAAGUGAAUUCUGCUUUUUGACAUUGUUCUGCACUGUGAUUUACUGUGUGCCAAAGGAGUUUUGACUUGGUACAAAUUAUUUUAUUAAAAGUAUUUAAAAAUGUUUCUCAUAUGAUUUCCAUACCUUUCUAUCCCCACCUCUGUUACACCAUCAGAGCAGAUAAAGCUUAGAAUUCUUUGUUAGUGAUCCAGACCCUACGACAUUGAUGACGUAGGACUGACUUGGUUAAGGGAAGAGAAAGGCAGUUGACACACUAAUCCUUAAGCCAAAUAACUCAAUGGGUCUCAACCAGUGGUUUUCAACUAUGGUUGUACAUUAGAAUCACUGGGCCAUCUUUAAAACAAACAAAAAAACAAAACUUUUGUCCAGGCCUCACCCUCAAAGAUUCUGAUUAGCUUGUCAGAGUUGCAUCCUGCAGUUGGUCCCCUCUAGACAGAUUAAAGCAGAAUAGCUGACUUUUUAAAAUUCUGAUUGCACAUUAGAAUCACCUAGAGAGUUUUGGUUUUCUUAAAAAUAAUAUUAUGUUUUCACUGAGAGUUUACACAGCAGAUUAGUUUCCCGUUUAACAGUUUCUACACAAAUUCUUCAGUGACAUUGAUUACAUUUUCCACAAUGUGUCAACAUUCUGAUUAAUUCUGUUCUGGUUGUCACCCAAGUUCUUUUCUUUUUUUUUUUCCCCCUUCUAAAUUCUAUUUAUUUUGUUGUUAUUGUUGAGAAUAUACACAGCAAAACAUACACCAACUCAGUUUCUACACGUACAAUUUAGUGACACUGAUUACUUUCUUCAAGUUGUGCAACCAUUCUCACCCUCCUUUUCAGAGUUGUUCCUCCCUCAUUAACAUAAACUCACUGCCCCUAAGGUUCCUAUCUAAUCUUUUGAGUUGCUGCCAUCAAUUUGAUCCCAUAUAUGUAGUUGUUAAAAGAGCAUAAUGUUCAAGGCAGAUCUUUUUUACUAGUUAAGCUAAAAAACAUUGUUUGGUUUUCAGGGGAUAUUUUUAGUUUAAGAUUUAAAGAUUAUCUCAGGGCAGUAGUUUCAGGAGUUCAUCCAGCCUCCAUGGCUUCAGAAAGUCUGGAGUCCAUGAGAAUUGGAAAUUCUGUUCUGCAGUUCCCUCUUUUGAUCAAAAUUCUUCUAUGGAAUCUUUCAUCAAAACGUUCAGUAAUUGUAGCCAGGUGUUAUCCCGUUCUUCUGAUCUCAUGGCAAAAGAGGCAGUUGUUCAUAAAGGCAAUAAGCUGCACAUAUCCUCCUUCUCUUCCUGACUCUCCUUCGUCUGUUGCUCCUUGUGAAUAGAGACUAAUUGUUGCACCUUGGGUGGCCCCUGGCAACCUAGAGAGUUUUUUAAAACACUGUUGCCAAGACCCCUCUAGACCAACUAAAUCAGAAUAUCUGAAGGUGAGGCCCAGGCAUGGGUAUUUUUAGAAAGCUCUCUGGGAAAUUGUAAUGUUUAACUGGGUUGAGAACCCCUGAAAAAGAACAUCUUUGAGCAUUACACCUAAAAGAAGCUUCAAAAGAGAGGUACUUGUCAUUUUUAGGCAGACAGUUAUUAGUAGCAGUGCUAUAUGCUGCCUUUAUGGAUUCAGUAAACCAACCAGUAACUAGUUGCUGUUGUCUUUUCCAACUCAUGGUGAUCCCGUAUGUGUCGGAAUAGACCUCAGCUCCAUAGGGUUUUCAGUGGCUGAUUAUUUAGAAGUAGACCAACAGGCCUUUCUUUCAAGGUGCCUCUGGGUAGACUCCAGCCUCUGUUUUGGUAAGUAGCCGUUUAGUAGCUGAGUGCACUAACCGCUUGCACCACUCACGGAUUCAAUAACUACUGGGAAUUAUACAGAAUCUUACAGCUACAUCGCCUGCCAAGGAAUUCCUGUGGCAAGUUUUUGUGUAGCCUGUUUAUUUCUGCAGUUCUUCUAAUGUGUCUUUUCUCUUUUCCUGGGGAUUUAACCUUAUGACAUUUUAUGGAACAAAAAUAUUAUUUAUUGGGACUAUCUUUGGGUUUGGUAAAAUCACCGUGUCAUUAACAGUUUGGGGAAAUAGUGCUUGAUAAUUCUUUAUUUGAAAACCUACGACUAGUUGUGAUUUGGAAUCAAAACUUUUCAGAUUUUAGAAGAGUAGCAGGGUACAUAGAAACUAUUCUACUUAAAACUCCCAAAAAGCACCCCAUUUUCAAGCAUACUAAUAUUUCUCUGGUGUUUGUGUAAAUAACUAUACCAACUGCGAGAAACAAAGACCACAUAGAGCCUCAGAUCAAGUCAGGACAGGUUUUGCCGCCAGAUAAGUUUGCUGCCAAACUUGUGAAGCAACUUUGUUUUCAGAGCUUUGUGGAUGUGAGAAUUAUGGAUAAGGAAUUCUGGCUCUUUUUUGUUUGUUUUUUAAAUUUUUACUGUAACAUCUUUUGUACUUGGAUAUUUAAUUCAGCAUUUUAUUCUUCUCUCCUUAGCAAGAGCACUUUAUUCAAAAUACUCUUCUUAUGGAAAAAGCUCCAUGUAACAACAGUAUAAUAAAACCAUAGGUACUGCCUGCCUAGGUAGGGUGAAGAUAUGGUAUUUCUCAGGCUGUUACACAGCAGAGGAGAGUGCAAAGGAAAAGGAAGCUCCUGAGGGAGACCUGAAGACUCCAAAGAGUGGCAUGUUGAGCUCACAUCGGAUGGGGCCACCAGGAGAACAAUAAAUUGAUAUAAAGCAGGUCAUUCUAUUCUUAGUGUUUUUGUUUCUUGGAAUGUCUAUGCCUCUGCCUAGGUACAUAUAUCUCUUUCUUGUUUCUAUCUGCUACAUAUGCAGAAAUGCCAACCCCACUCCAAUUAGAAAUAGGCCUAGUAGAAAGAAAAUCACAUGAGGUGAAGUAUUAUAAACUUUGCUGCAUGCCUGCCUUAUGAACAGCUGCUGCCUCUUAUGCACAGUGGGUAUACUAGGGCCAACCACACCUGGAUUUAUUUCACACUGAGAAGGAAUUGUACUAGCAUCCUAAAGAUGUCACCUAAUCCUAGGUAAGUUGUGUAUAAAAAUGAAAACAAUUAUGCAGCUUAGUUAUUUAAUCUCUUUAUGAACUAUCUGUUGCUAUAACCCCAAGUGGUCUGGAAUAUUACUGCAACAUGUAGGUGUUCACUCUGUGUGUGUUAAUUAACCUGAUUCUAAUCAGUGUUUCCUUUAAGAGUAGCUGAAAGAUGGUGAUCUUUAUGGAGGGAAAUAAAAAGCUGGUUCAGCUACUUGAAUGUCUGAGGACUGAUAAUUCCAACAUUUCUCAAUCAUAUGAUGCAAUAUUAAUGGCUUUGAAACUAAUGAAUCAGAAAGAUUGUAGAUGGAGUGGGGAUGAGGCCAUGUUGGUGAGGCAGGACUCCUGAAAUUAUUUUUCCUGCCAAGACUGAACGUGUUAAUUCUCUUCCAUUUGUUAUAACCACCCCCCUCAAAGUUUGUUUUAUAAAUGCAGUGACUUUUUUUGUGCUUGGGUUUUUCUUUUUUUGUUUUAAUGUUGACAUUCUUAAAUUACACGAAAUCUGUUCUUUCUUAAAAAUUGGAUCUAGAUAAAGCUAAAAUCUGUUUUUGUUCCCCCUACUCCCUCGUCAUGGAUUGGAGUAUGUCCCCCCCAAAAAUGUGUGUAUCAGUUUGGCUGGGCCAUGAUUCUGGGUAUUGUGUGAUUUUCCUGUAUGUCCUGAAUCCUGCCUCUGUAAUGUUACUGAGGGAAGAUGGGCAGCAAUUCUGUUAGUGAGGCAGGACUGAAUCUAAAGAUUGGGUUGUGUCUUGAGCCAAUCACUUGCCUCUAUAAAAGAGAGAAGUGAGCAGAGACAUAGGGACCUCAUAUCACCAAGAAAGCAGUGCUGGAGACUUAAUGGUCGGACUGAAACUAGAAGGACCUCGGUGGUCAUGACCUCCAGACCUUCUCUUAGCCCAAGACAGGAACCGUUCCCAAAGCCAACUCUUCAGACAAGGAUUGGACUGAACAAUGCGAUAGAAAAAGAUACUGGUGAAGAAUGAGUUUCUUGGAUCAAGUAGACACAUGAGACUAUGUUGGCAUCUCCUGUCUGGAAGGAAGAUGAGAGGGCAGAAGGGGUCAGAAGCUGCCCAAAUGGACACGAAAAGAGAGUGGAGGGGAGGAGUGUGCUGUCUCAUUAGGGGAAGAGCAAUUAGGAGUAUAUAGCAAGGUGGAUAUAAAUUUUUGUAUGAGAGUGACUUGAUUUGUAAACUUCCACUUAAAGCACAGUUAAAAAAAAAAAAAAAAAGCAGUGCUGGGAGUAGAGCAGGUCCUUUGGACCUGGGGUCCCUGUAUGGAGAAGCUCCUAGUCCAGGGGAAGGUUGACGAGAAAGCCAGCAGAGAGGGAAAGCCUUCCCCUGGAGCUGACACCCUGAAUGUGGACUGACUUUUAGGCUACUUUACUAUGAAGAAAUAUAUUUCUUUGUUAAAGCCAUCCAUUUGUGGUAUUUCUGUUACAGCAGCACUAGAUGCUUUCAACAACUCUGGUUCUCCUUAACCCUCUCUGAGAUAACUGUUGCUAUACAUUUGGGAAAUUUUCACAUAAUAUAUGUAUUGGGUAUGUAUUUAACAUGCUUUUUUUUAGUCAAUGAAAUUUUAUAACUGGUACUGUCUUUUUACUGCUUCAAGUCAGGUGCUUACAUCUAAGAAAAAUUUAGGAAGAAAGAUUAGAAGGAUGUAUAUGUCAAAAUAUGAAAGUGUUAUUUGGUAAGAUUAUAGAUUUUUUUGUUAAAAUUUUCAGUUUAUGGUAUGUGAGUUAUAUCUUCAUAAAUCUAUUAAAAAUACAUACACAAAAAUUACUUUUCUUAAAAGACUACAAUCAAAUGUUCUUUUACAAUUCAAAAAAAUGCCAGAAAUAAUCUACGGAAAUUACUCCUCCCUGUCUUCACCAUCCACCACCAUUUUGCCUUCACCAUCCACCACUCCAUCACUGUUUUAAAUGGUCUUCAUUCUCCUUAAACUUCCUUAUUAGCAGUGAACUCUUUUUGUUGUUAGUUGCCAUGGAGUCAUUUCCGACUCAUGGAAACUCCAUGUAUGUGAGAGUAGAACUACUCCACAGGGUUUUUGGAAGGAGAUUGCCAGGUCUGUCUCAUGAGGCGUCUCUGGGUGAAUCCGAACCUCCAACCUUUCGGCUAGUAAUCCAGUGCUUAACCAUUUACACCACCCAGGGACCUAGCAAUAAAUUAAAGACUAAAAUGGACUUUUAGUAUCAGAGGGAAAAUAAUGAAAAGUAACUGUGUAUAGAGGUGGUCUUCGACUUACUGUGUAUUCAAGUUACAACUUUUUUUUGUACAUUAUAUCAUUAGUAAUAUGUACUGCUUACAGUGUUCCACCACAUAAUUUGUUGAUGUUAUUUAUCAUUAUCUGUAAAUUUAUAUGUAAUGUUUCCAACCCCCAGGGACAAGGUAGCAUUUAUAAAGAUACUGAUAGUAAAAGGCAAUCAUAAUGAAAACAAAUUAAAAGAAGAUAUCCUACGUACGUCAGAAUGCAACCUCAGCGUAAGUGACUAGCUGUACAUGCAAAGGAAUAUUCUGAUACCAUCACUUUUGGAUCAUUACAAUAAUUAAUGUAUCAUCUGUCUUCAUGCCUAUGUAGUCAAUCUGGUUCAAGACUGGAUUGUUGGCACAUUUUAUCUUGCUUAGUUAAACACUCUAUUGUGUGUCAAAAUUCCAAACACAUUGUCCUAGAAUUUUAGAACGAAGAACCUUAAAGAAUCUUCUCAUGCCAUUGCCCAGACUUGAAGCUACAAAUUACAUAUACGAUCUCAUGUGAGUUAGUAAAAUCUUUUCUAAAACUCUUUAAUGACACCUUUAAUGCCUCCUUUGCAUGUAGUGUUCCUUCUACCUGGGAUUCCUUCCCCUCUUCUCCUUUAUUGAUCCUUCAAAAUCAGCUUGGUGGCAUUUCCUAUGAGAAGCUUUCCCAGACCCUCUCAGGCUUAAUUAGCUACCCCAUAGCACAUUUUAUAUUUACCUUUAGCAGUUAUCACACAAUGACUGUUUCUUGAAUAAAUGCCCUCAGCGUGUUAAUAUUUAACGUUUCUUUAAACGACCAAUUCCCCUAUUGUAUUGCUAAGUCACUGGCAGGUGUAGAAAGGGCUCUAACAUUUCUUUGGGACUAGAUAUGGUUUUUAAAGUCCAUUGGUGGGGCCAGAAUAAUAAUAGGGAUACUUAGUUACUUCCUCUUGAUCUCAUCAAGCUGUAAUUUUUAAAAAGAUGAUCCAGGAUAAACAUUAGAAAUUGUAUACAGUGAAGAAAGGUCCCCACAUUUCUGUUGUAAUUGUGUAGUGCUGUAUAUGUUGUUAGGUGCUGUCAAGUCGCUUCUGAUUCACAGCAACCCUACCUACAACAGAACAAAACACUGCCCAGUCCUUUGCCAUUCUCACAGUCAUUGUUAUCUUGAGCCCAUUGUUGCAGCCACUUGUCAGUCCAUCUCUUUGAGGGUCUUCCUCUUUUUCGCUGACCCUCUGCCUUAUCAAGCAUGAUGUCCUUCUCCAGGGACUGAUCCCUCCUGAUAACAUGUCCAAAGUAUGUGAGAAAGAGUUUCGCCAUCCUUGCUUCUAAGGAGCAUUCUGGUUGUACUUCUUCCAAGACAGAUUUAUUCAUUCUUUUGGCAGCCCAGGGUAUAGUCUAUUCUUCGAUAGUACUACAAUUCAAAGGCAUCAGUUCUACUUGGUCUUCCUUAUUCAUCAUCUAGCUGUUGCAUGCAUAUGAGGCAAUUGAAAACACCGUGGUUUGGGUCAGGUGCACCUUGGUCUACACGGUGACAUCUUUUAUUUUUAACACUUUAAAGAGCUCUUUUGCAGCAGAUUUGCCCAAUGCAUCUUUUGAUUUUUAUUGUACUUAAGAUCAAGUGUUACAGAACAAACUAGCUUCUCAUUAAACAGUUGCUGCACAUAUUGUUUUAUGAGAUUCGUUAACAACCCCAUGACAUAUCAACACUCUCCCUUUCUUGACCUUGAGUUCCUUAUUACCAGUUUUUCUGUCCCCUCCUGCCUUCUAGUCCUGGUUCCUGGACUGGUGUGCGCCUUUAGUCUACUUUUGUUUUUUGGGUCUGUCUAAUCUUUGGCUGGCUGAAGGGUGAACCUCAGGAGUGACUUCAUAAGUGAGUAAAAGGGUGUCGGGGGGCCAUACUCUCAGGGUUUCUCCAGUCUCUGUCAGGCUGGUAAGUCUGGUCUUUUUUUGUGAGUUAGAAUUUUGUUCUACAUGUUUCUCCAGCUCUGUACAGGGCCCUCUAUUGUGAUCCCUUCUUUUGAUUUCUUGAGUACUGCUUCUAUGGAUGUUCAUUGUGAAUACAAGUAAAAUGAAAUCCUUGACAACUUCAUUUUUUUCUCUGUCUAUCAUGAUGUUGCUUAUUGGUCCAGUUGUGAGGAUUUUUGUUUUCUUUAUGCUGAGGUGUAAUCCAUACUGAAGGCUGUGGUCUUCGAUUUUCAUCAGUAAAUGCUUCAAGUCCUCUUCACUUUCAGCAAGCAAGGUUGUGUCAUCUGCAUAGUGCAGGUUGUUAAUGAGUCUUCUUCCAAUCCUGAUGCCCCAUCCGUCUUCAUAUUGUCCAGCUUCUCAGCUUAUUUGCUCAGCAUACAGACUGAAAAAGUAUGGUAAAGGGGUACGACCCUGACACACACCUUUCCUGACUGUAAACCAUGCAGUAUACCCUUGUUCUAGUCAAAUAACUGCCUCUUGAUCUAUGUACAGGUUCCUCAUGAGCACAAUUAAGUGUUCUGGAAUUCUCAUUCUUUGAAAUGUUAUCUAUAAUUUGUUAUCAUCCACACAGUCGAAUGCUUUUGCAUAGUCAAUAAAACACAGGUAAACAUCUUUCUGGUAUUCUCUGAUUUCAGCCAGGAUACAUCUGACAUCAGCAAUAAUAUCCCUGGUUCUACACCCUCUUCCGAAUCCAGCUUGGAUUUCUCACAGUUCUCCGUAGAUAUACUGCUGCAGCCGCUUUUGAAUGAUCUUCAGCAAAAAUUUACUUGUGUAUGAUAUUAAUGAUAUUGUUUGAUAAUUUCCACACUUGGUUGGAUCAUCUUUCUUUGGAAUAGGCACAGAUAUAGAUCUCUUCCAUUUGGUUGGCCAGGUAGCUAGCUUCCAAAUUUCUUGGCAUAGACAAGUGAGCACUUCCAGUGCUGCAUCCGCUUGUUGAAACAUCUCACUUGGUAUUCCGUCAAUUUCUGGAGUCUUGUUUUUCAGCAGCGCCUUCAGUGCAUCUUGGACUUUUUCCUUCAGUACCAUUGGUUCCUCAUCAUAUGCUACCUCCUGAAAUGGCUGAAUAUCGACCAGUUCUUUUUGGUAUAGCAACUCUGUAUUCCUUCCAUUUUUUGAUGCCUUCUCUAUUGUUUAAUAUUUUCCCCAUAGAAUCCUUCGAUAUUGCAACUUGAGGCUUGAAUUUUUUCUUCAGUUCUUUUAGCUUGAGAAAUGUUGAGCGGAUUCUUUCCUUUUGGUUUUCUAUCUCCAGCUUUCCACGUCAUUAUAAUACUUUACUUUGUCUUCUCCAGCUACCCUUUGAAAUCUUUUGUUCAGCUCUUUUACCUCAUCAUUUUUUCCUUUCUCUUAGCUACUUGAUGUUCAAGGGCAAGUUUCAGAGUCUCUUCUGACAUCCAUUUUUGUCUUUUCUUUCCUGUCUUUUUAAUGACCUCUUGCUUUCUUCAUAUAUGAUGUCCUUGAUAUCAUUCCACAACUCAUCUGGUCUUUGGUCAUUGAAUGUUCAGUGCAUCAGAUCUAUUCUUGAGAUGGUCUGUAAACUCAGAUGUGAUAUAUUCGAGGUCAAGCUUUGGCCCUUGUGGACUUGUACUAAUUUGUACUAAAGUUCAAGUUCAACUUGAACUCGCAUAUGAGCAAUUGAUGAUCUGUUCUGAAGUCAGCCCCUGGCCAUGUUCUGACUUACCAUGUUGGAUUUUUCCAUCAUCUCUUUCCACAGAUGUAGUCAUUUUGAUUCCUUUGUAUUCAUUUGUCAAAGUACAUGUGUAUAUUCACUGUUUAUGUUGUUGAAAAAAAGGUAUUUGCAAUGAAGAAGUCAUUGGUCUUGCAAAAUUCUGUCAUGCUAUCUCUGGCAUCAUUCUAUCACCGAGACCAUAUUUUCCAACUAUGGAUCCUGCUUUGUUUCCAACUUUUGCAUUCCAAUCACCAGUAAUUAUCAAUGCAUCCUGAUUGCAUGUUUGAUCAAUUUGAGACUGCAAAAGUUGGUAAAAAUCUUCAAUUUCUUCAACUUUGGCCUUAGUGGUUGGUGCAUAAAUUUGAAUAAUAGUCAUAUUAGCUGGUUUUCCUUGUAAGUAUAUGGAUAUUAUCCUAUCACUGACAGGCUUGUACUUCAUGAUAGAUCUUGAAAUAUUCUUUUUGACAAUGAAUGCAACACCAUUCCUCUUCAAAUUGUCAUUCCUGGCAUAAUAGACCAUAUAUGAUUGUCUGAUUUAAAGUGACCCAUACCAGUGCAUUUCAGCUCACUAAUGCCUAGGAUAUCAAUGUUUAUGCAUUUCAUUUCAUUUUUCACGAUUUCAAUUUUACUAGAUUCACACUUCAUACAUUCCACAUUUCAAUUAUUAAUGGGUGUUUGCAGCUGUUUCUUCUCAUUAUGAGUCGAGCCACAUCAACAAAUGAAGGUCCCAAAAGCUCGUAUUUUGAGUGCCUUCCAAAUUGAGGGGCUCAUCUUCUGGCACUAUACCUGACAAUGUUCCAAUGCUGUUCAGAAGGUUUUUGGAAUAAUAAUAAUCUACCACUUGUCUGUCAGUUUGUGGUGCUGUGGUGCCUUGCUUGCUGCUAUGAUGUUAGGAACUGUGCCAUCAGGAUUUCAAAUACCAGCAGGGUCACCCAUGGUGGACAGGUUUCAGCGGAGCUUACAGACUAAGACAGACUGGGAAGAAGCACAUGGAAACCUACUUCUGAAAAAAGUGGCCAGUGAAAACCGUAUGGAUAGCUGAUUUCUGAGGAUGGCACAGGACCAGCCAGUGUUUCAUUCUGUUGUGUAUGAGGUCGUUAUGAGUUGCAACCAACUUGACGGCACCUCACAGCAUAACAAAUAAUAAUAGUAAUAGCUCACGAUAUGCCAGGAACUGUUUUAAACUGCAGAUAUUAACUCACUUAAUCCACAUAACAACCCUCUGUGGGAAAAACAUUACUUGUUUUUGUACCAAGAAGGAAACUGAGCUCAAAAAGGUUAAAUAAUAAAACCAGGAUGAUAUACUAACUAGAUUAACUAAAGAUAGAAGAAAUAGAGUUUGGAGAAUUAUUUAUUGUGUUGCAACAGCCUCGUUUGUUCAGCCUGCGUGGUGAGAUUUUCCAGAGGAAGAAAGAGCAACAGAUAAUUGUACUAACUGGGACAACAAGAAAGUUGAGCUAUUGCUAACUAACAGCCACUUUUAGUUGCUCUCUGGCUGAAGUUUAUAUUUUUAUCUAAAGUGAUAACCAACGGGUUUAAGAACUUUCACAUUCAGAAUUUGUGAAUCUAAAGUUACACAUCUUUUAAGAAGGGGAAAAACCGUGAGAGAGCCAGUCAAUGUCAAACAAAUCUUGGGAAAAUGGAAUACUGUUAUUAAGAAUGUUUUACCCCAAAUUCUCAUAAAAAGACCAUACUUAAUGGUAUGACUGAGACUAGAGGAAUCCCGGCAGUCAUGGUCCCCAAACCUUCUGUUGGCACAGGACAGGAACCUUCCCCGAAGACAACUCAUCAGACAUGAAAGGGACUGGACAGUGAGUGGGUAGGUGAGAGAUGCUGAUGAAGAGUGAGCUAAUUAUAUCAAGUGGUCACUUGAGACUGUGUUGGCAUCUCCUGUCUGGAGGGAGGAUGGGAGGAUAGAGAGAGUUGGAAGCUGGCAAAAUUGUCACGAAAGGAGAGACUGGAAGGGCUGACUCAUUAGGGGGAGAGCAAGUGGGAGUACGGAGUAAGGUGUAUACAAACUUAUAUGUGACAGUCUGACUUGAUUUGUAAACGUUCACUUGAAGCUCAAUAAAAGUUAAUAAAAAAAAAUGUUUUAGAUGCAUACUUGUUGACAUCAAAGAUAUUCUUUCUAUACUAACUGAAAAGCAGUUUAAAAACCAGAAUUGACAAUAUGGUCCCAUUUUGGUUUAUAAGGUAUUAAUAAGUGUACAGCCAUAGAAAAGUAUCAUGAUGUAUAUACACAAAAGUGUUAAUAAUAAUUCUACCUGGGAGGUGGGAUUGUUAGAGUAGUAACAUUUUCUUAACCAUAUUUUUUUUUUUUAUCUCCUACAAUGAGUAUUCAUGUUUUUGCAAUUUUUUGUAUCUUCUACAAUGACUCUUACUUUUUUGUGAUUAAAUGUAGUUAUUUAGUUAUUUUUGUUAAGAGGAGAGAGGAAAGAAAGUGGUCACCUGAUUUAUCAGAGUAUAGUACAGAGGGGACAUAAUGAGCUUUUCAACAAAUGGUGCUGGAUCAUUUGAUAUGCAUAUGGAAAAAAAUGUACUUGACCCGUUUUUCAUACUAAUAGAAAAUCAAUUCCAGAUGGAUUACAGAUCCAAAUGUGAAAGGUUAAACAAUAAAUUUUUUGAGAAAAACAAUAACUUUUUGACCUUGGAGUAUGCAAAGAUUUCUUAAACAGAUCAUAAAAUGUUAACCAGGAAAAAAAAUUGGACUAUAUUAAAAUUAACUUCCGUUCAUCAAAAGACAGUAUUAAGAGAGAAAAACAACUCGCAGAGUGGUAAAAGAUAUUUGCAGCAUAUAUUUGUUAAAGGAUUCAUAUUCAGAAUAAGAAACAAAUGCCUGCAAAGCAGUAAGAAAAAGACAGUUAACCCAAUGAAAAACUGGGCAAAAGUCUUAAAAAGAAAAAAACUUAAUAAAAGAGGAUAUUCAAAUGGCCAAUAAACACCUGAAAAAAAAUGCUUCUCUCUUUUAAUCAUCAGGGAAAUGCAAAUUAAAACCACACUGGCUACCACACUCAUCAGAAUGGCUCUCGUGAAGGCAGAAAAUACUAGGUAUUGGAGAAGAUGUAGUGCAGCUACAACUUUUGAAUGCUGAAGGAAAUAUACAAUUAUACAACCACUUUUUAAAGUGUUAGCAGCAUCUAGUAAAGUUGAACAUGUACAUACUUUGACCCAUUAAUUCCAUGCCUGGGUAUAUAUCCAAAAGAAAUGUACACAGAAGCUGUCUU